AUGAUCGCUUACCCUAACAAACGUAUCCUUUAGAACAUAUAAACUCAAUAGACAAACCCUUUAAUUAUUUUUGCUCUAUGUUUCCUUUAGACUCAGGUGAUGAGCUGUUCUUCAACUCUUCUUCCAGUCCCUACCGACAGUACAGUAUCUACGAAGAUCUGAUUUUUGGGCGUGAUUCACAGGAUGCUUGUAAUAUAACCAACAAUUCAAGAAAAAGCCAACGCCGUCUAAAUUCUUGUGCUAUGGACAAUGCUGAUGACACCAACAGUGAUAACAAUAAGAGGAAGAUGAUGCAUAGAGAUAUUGAACGUCAAAGAAGGCAAGAAAUGGCCACCCUUCAUGCUUCGCUUCGGUCUUUACUCCCUCUUGAAUACAUUAAGGGAAAGCGUUCGAUGUCGGAUCAGAUGAACGAGGCCGUGAAAUAUAUAAAACAUCUUGAGAUGAGAAUCAAAGAACUUGGUGCCAGGAGAGAUGAACUAAAGAAAUUGUCAAAUUCGAGUAGCCAUGGCUCAGAAAGUAGAAGCUCCGAUCUAAACGUAUGUCAAAACAGUAUCGUCGUCAGCCAAAGUCUCGUCGGAGUGGAGGUCGUUUAUAGUUGCGGGUACUGGGAGCAAGGUUUGCCCCUAUCAAGAGUACUUGAAAUAUUGCUUGAUGAAGGACUUUGUGUUGUUAAUUGUGUCUCCACCAAAGUAAGGGAUAGGCUACUUCACACGAUCCAGGCUAAGGUGAUUGAUCCAUCAUGCGUCAACCUAGGCGAGCUGCAAGAUAAACUAACAAGUGAAGUAGCAUCAUAGCUGUGAUUUUUUCGAAAAUUUCCACCCUUGUGCAGCCACAAGCUAACGCUGAACCUGAGUUGCUUUUUAAUUAUUCAGUGAGAAUGUUCGAGACUCCUCGCUUUUCAGGUUUUCGUUAAGAGAAACUUUGGUAAAAAGUGAAAUGAUCAAACAUCUUUUGACCAUCUUCAGUAAAUAUAUCAAGCGAAUUCCACAAACUCAUGUACAUAUAUUCUGUUUGAGCAUUUUGUGCAUAUGUUUUAA